CACUUUAUUUGGUGCCCAUAUAGACAGGAGUACAUUACAUGUGUUUGCUACUGUGUUUCUUUCUUCGUGAAUAGACUGAAUUGAGGUUGAAUUGGUGGUGGAGAUUGACGGAUUGAGGCGAAGGAAUGGCUUCGGUGGCGGAGGACGGGCCGUUUCCGAUGAGGCUCGCGGCAGAGGCGGAGAGUUCGACUUCGAAUCCGACGGAUGCUGUGAUCUUCGUAGGAAUAAGCUUGGUCUUGGGAAUUGCGUGCCGACAUCUCCUCAGGAGCACCAGAGUACCAUACACCGUGGCUCUUCUCACUCUCGGCAUCGCCCUCGGUUCUUUAGAAUAUGGAACAAAGCAUCAACUUGGGAAGAUUGGGGAUGGCAUUCGUAUCUGGGCACAAAUUGAUCCUGAUCUUUUAUUGGCUGUUUUUCUCCCUGCACUUCUUUUUGAGAGUUCAUUUUCGAUGGAAGUGCACCAGAUAAAGAGGUGUAUAGCACAAAUGAUUAUACUUGCCGGGCCUGGUGUUCUCGUAUCAACCUUCUGUCUCGGAUCUGCCAUUAAGCUCACUUUUCCAUAUGACUGGAGCUGGAAGACCUCUUUGUUGAUUGGAGGGCUUCUUAGUGCUACUGAUCCUGUGGCUGUUGUAGCUCUGUUGAAAGAGCUAGGUGCAAGCAAAAAAUUGAGUACUAUAAUUGAAGGAGAAUCCCUAAUGAAUGACGGGACGGCAAUAAUGGUCUAUCAGUUAUUCUUUCGGAUGGUCCUUGGGCAGACCUUUAGUUGGGGAGCUGUACUAGAAUUUCUAACAAAAGUUUCUCUCGGAGCUGUAGGCAUGGGUCUCGCGUUUGGAAUAGCAUCUGUUUUGUGGCUUGGGUUUAUUGUCAAUGACAUUGUCAUAGAGAUUGCGCUGACACUUACAGUGAGCUACAUUACUUUCUUCACAGCUCAAGAAGGUGCUGAUGUUUCUGGUGUUCUGGCAGUGAUGACUUUGGGGAUGUUCUAUGCUGCAUUUGCUAGGACUGCUUUUAAGGGUGGUAGUCAACAAAGGUUGCAUCAUUUUUGGGAAAUGGUUGCCUAUAUUGCUAAUACUUUGAUUUUUAUCUUAAGUGGUGUUCUUAUAGCUGAAGGUGUACUUGGCAAUGACAAACUUUUUGAAAACCAUGGAAAUUCAUGGGGCUACCUUAUUCUCCUUUAUGUUCUCGUUCAAGUGUCUCGCAUGGUGGUUGUUGGAGUGUUGUUUCCCUUCUUGCGGUACUUUGGUUAUGGUUUGGACUGGAAAGAAGCUAUUAUUCUUGUAUGGUCAGGCUUGCGAGGGGUUGUUGCAUUGUCACUGUCAUUGUCAGUUAAGCAAUCCAGUGGCGACUCAAACAUCUCUUCUGAGACAGGAACUCUGUUUGUCUUUUUCACUAGUGGCAUCGUAUUUCUAACGCUCAUUGUGAAUGGAUCAACCACCCAGUUUGUUUUACAUUUCCUAAAUAUGGAUAAGUCAUCUGCGCCAAAGUCCAAGAUGAAAAUAAGAUCUCAAGAAACAGCUUUUGAUGUAGAAAGUAGCCAGCAAAAAUGA